AUGGCGGAAUUCAUCUUGGAAAAGACUGAAAAGGUGACGGAACUUCCGAAAGGGGUUUUUGGAAACGUGACAUUCCAGAAAAUCUCCAUUUCUUCGACCGACUUGGCAACCGUGGAUCCCUCAGCAUUGCUUUCUUCAAAGGAUCGACUUGAGGAAGUGUCAAUUUUUUCCAGCGCACUGAAAGACUUCCCGUUUCACAUCCUUCCUCAAUUGACCCAGCUGAAAACAUUGGACCUCUCAAGUAACAUGUUGAAUGCAGUACCGGCCUUCGACAGUCCUAGUCUGGAAAUGCUGGAUAUUUCAGACAAUGGAAUUGAAACACUGAAGCCCGGAUGGUCCAUUCCCAACUUGGUGACACUGAGUAUCAGGUACAACCCCAUCACGGCGCUCCCUGCUGGACUGGUCGAAGGAAUGAAGAAUUUGGCAGAUUUUGAUGCUUCUGAUUGCCAGCUUGGACCGAUUUUGAAGAAAGGAUCCUUGACAUUCCGCAGCGAGGUCUUGUCGAAGGUGUUUCUCGGAGGAAAUGAAAUCGUCAACUUGGAACCAGGAGCUAUUACAGGUCUCAAGGCUGACACGAAACUUCAUCUACAGCAGAAUAUGAUGACGGAAUUGAAGGAAGACGCUUUCCUGCCCAUGCUGGAAGACCUGGGCGAAAACGGUCGGAUAUAUCUUUCCGUUCCAACAUGCCUUGUCCACAUUCCGAUGCUGUUUCACCCUGCACCUGCUCGAUUCACGGGACCACCAGAGACGUAA